AUGGUUACUUUACUGGCUCUCGCAACGCACCUCAAUGGGUGGAAUGAAGGCGGUUGCAAAGUAAGGUCUGGAAACGGGACGGCCCUUGCCUUGCCGAGUCUAGCUAACCGUGCGCCACGUUAUUCGCGGGGCGAGGCUUGUGGUGCAGCUAGCUUCCCAUCGUAUCCACCCAUUUUCUGCUUGCUUGUUGUGUCAGUCCAUCUGCCCGGUAUGCAGAAAUACACCAAUAUCGUUCGGAACGAUUUCGCAGCGUACUCAACCUGUAGGACGACAGUUAGCGCCUACCAUCCAGAACAUGAGAAGAGCGGUCUGCAUGUAUGGAUCCAGGGAAUUGUGAAGCAGGUCAACAAUCGGACCGUUGGCAAAUUUCCUGAUGGUGGUACCGUAGAAUCUCUGGAAGUUCAGAAGAGAAAACAGGAUGUGAGAGCUGCUACGGCAGCGACAGGAACUGUUGGUGGCGCCGAUGGGCAAGUCUCUUCAGAAGAGGCAUUGAUAUCCACUGAGAGGUUAUUGCUGUUAGUGACCGGGGGCUGGCCGAUUCGAUCGAAGGAUGUCUCGGGGAAGGCGGGUCGCCUGCACGCGGAGCCGGCCUCAGCUCCCGUCACGCUAGGUAGUGAAGCUAGCAAGGUCAGGGAAUUGACGUCGGUUCAAAUGGAAACGUUCAGCACAAGCCGUUUGUCUACGCUGUAG